AUGGGCUCCUGCAUCUGGGGCGGAGAAGGAGGAGGAGGAGGCCGCGUUGCCGCCGCUCAGAGCCCGGCCGGAGCCUCCCAGACCACCCUGGAAUGCACCCUGAGGCCAGGCUUGGUUUACAACAAAGUGAACCCCAUCUUCCACCACUGGAGCUUGGGUGACUGCAAGUUUGGGCUGACGUUUCAGAGUCCCGCUGAGGCUGAUGAGUUCCAGAAGAGCCUACUGGCUGCCCUGGCUGCCUUGGGCCGAGGCUCGCUCACCCCCUCCUCUUCCUCCUCCUCCUCCCCUUCCCAGGACACCGCAGAGACCCCCUGCCCUCUGACGUCCCACGUGGACAGCGACUCCUCCUCCAGUCAUAGCCGCCAGGAGAUGCCUCCCACUGCCGCAGCCCCCAUUGCCACGGUGGAGUCUGACUCUGUCUUCGGGCCCACCACGCCGCCCCAGCGCCGCUGCUCCUUGGCUCAGAGCUACCCUCCGCUUCUGCCGUUUACGGGGAUUCCGGAGCCCUCAGAGCCUGUGGCCGGGGCAGGAGGCCCGGGCUGGGGUGGCCGCGGCUAUGAGGAUUACCAACGCUCUGGACCACCCGCGCCCCUCGCCCUGUCCACCUGUGUUGUGCGCUUUGCCAAGACUGGCACGUUGAGGGGUGCAGCCCUGGGUCCCCCAGUGUCAUUACCUGCCCCUCUUACCGAGUCUACGCCCCCAGCACCCCCGGCUCGCCCACCCCCGGGCCCCACCCCUGCACCAGCUAAGGCCUCCCCAGAGGCGGAGGAGGCUGCGCGCUGUGUGCACUGCCGAGCGCUCUUCCGCCGUGCGGAUGGGCGUGGGGGCCGCUGCGCCGAGGCCCCAGAUCCGGGUCGCCUGCUGGUGCGACGUCUCAGCUGCCUGUGGUGCGCCGAGAGCUUGCUCUACCAUUGCCUGUCAGAUGCCGAGGGUGACUUCUCGGACCCGUGCGCCUGCGAGCCGGGCCACCCGCGCCCUGCUGCGCGUUGGGCAGCGCUGGCUGCGAUCUCACUGGCCGUACCCUGCCUCUGCUGCUAUGCGCCCCUGCGUGCGUGCCAUUGGGUUGCGGCUCGAUGCGGCUGCGCAGGCUGUGGGGGUCGCCACGAGGAAGCUGCGCGAUGAGGACCAGCUGGCAGGUCUGGUGGCAGGACCAGGAACCCAGCAUUGAGAGUCCAGGAUCCCAGACUUGGACUCGGUUUGAACAUAGAAUUCAAACCAUGGCACAUUUGGAACUUGGAGCUUGAGUUUGAACUGAGAGAUCCCAGACCUGGAGCCUGGGCCCAAACCUGGGACUGAUGACCUUACACCUAGCAUCAUUAGGAUGUCUGUCAAGGGUCCUGAGUUCUGGAUUCUCUAUCCAUUUCCCCACUGAGGAGACUCCUGACAUCUCCAGACUGCAUCUCAGAGGGCCCCAGGCAUACACAGAUCCCAGAGAGGGUCUGGAGCGUCAAACUCUUGACUCUGCCCACCUGUCCAGCCCAGACCCCUGCCACACCUGGCACCGUGAACUCUCAGAUUACAGCACCG